GUGAUAAUCUCAGGCAGUAAAUCAGUGCGUCUCAGCUCACACAAAAACACAGAGGAGCUCAGUUUUCCCAGGUCUCAGCUCAAAGGCUCACGAGCGUCGAGGCGAACUAGGCAAGGAGAAGAAACUCGUUGAUCUGAUGGAGGGCAGACCUCACCCGAGAGUUGUUCACAGGAGGAGGGAGACAAUCACAGCUUUGCCUCUGUACCACUAUGGAAACCUGCUGAAGAAGAACCUCAAAGAGAAGGAUUUCAGGAACUUCUACGGAGAGCUCAGAGGAUCAACAGUGUUUCUAUACAACAAUGACACACAAGACACAUAUUCAGAAAGGCUGGACCUGGGGCUGAUAAAGUCCAUGGACAUGGAGUCUCCUUAUAAAAACAAAGGGCCAAACAUUUUCACCUUAAGCUUGCCCCUGGAGGAGGUGCAGUUAAAGAUGGAUAAUCCUGACGCAGGAGAGGAAUGGAGAGGCUACAUUAUGACUCUGGUUAAUAAAGAGAUUCCCUCAGACCUUCAUAUGCUGCCUGGUCAGAAAAUGAAGCUGGAGGAGAUGCUGGCUCAGGAAAAGAAAAGAAACCCUCAGCUGCAGCGUCCUGCUCUUCCACCCCGACCAGGCUUCCUGCAGACUAAAGAUACUCCUGACAUGCCUGCUUGUUUUUUCGAUGUGACCCGACAGGAGGCUGAAAAGCUGCUCAGUGAGAACCCGGAAAAUGGGAACAUCAUCCUCCGCCCGUCCACCAUGCCCAAGAACUACGCCCUGACGCUCAGACAAAAGACAGACAGAGGGUAUGUCCAGAAGAACUACAGGGUGACCUCCACGAGUUCUGGCUUUGUGAUCGAACUCGAGACUCCAAUAACAGUCCACUCACUGAACGAUGUACUGAAGUACUUCCUGGAGAAGACAGAGUAUCGCCUCCGUCCCUAUGUUGUAGCUCAACCCUACGAUACUCGGAUUGUAGUGGCUCCUCCCCCAAAAUGUGUCAACAUGCCACCAUCUGUUGUCCCCAAAGCUCAGGUGGCCCCCAUGCAGCGAUCCCAGGCCAAAGACAAGCAUCUUCCACCCAUUACCAGGCCUGAUGAGGGAGAAUAUGUGUUACCAGAAGAUCCCAUAAUGGAUGAUCAAAUGAUGAAGAAAGCUCAGGUGGCUGGUGAGCUUCAGGCAGUUUUACAAAUGAGAAAAGAAAAUCUCUAUGUGGAAGCUGGAACGGACGAAGACUUCGAAUACCAGAAUGAAGAAGGUGAAAAAUUCAAAUCAAAGGUCCGGUGGACAACCAACAUCCCCAUGCCAUGA